UUCACAUGCGCAACGUUCACUAACCAAAAGUAUCGGUAUCCAAGCUGGAGAGUCUUGUCGUCGUGCCGGUCGGGACGACGAGUCUAAACUGUCGCGUACAUCUCGAUACGUCGUGGCCGCUGCGACACGUGAGAGUGUCGCAGACACGCGAUCUUUUCCCGCGCACGAUCUGCCUGCUGGAUCAAGCUCUUCUUCGAGGGAUCGCGCCUACGGUCUGUCUGGUAAACGUCGCGUUGACGCGACUCGUGGACGCAGUGAGAAAAAAAGGCUUCAGAAGAAACUCUCCACGUUCAUCCAUGACAAGCAUCCAUUAUUCGUGCUAUUCAAGUUCACUGUUUCAACGAGCAUGCAUAUGAUCAUCGGCUGAUCCAAUUAGGAACCGACUAGAGUAUAACUUGUGCUCAUUAUCCAUCACACGAGAUUAUUCAUCUAAGAGUCGUGGAUGCUGAACGUGGCUUUUCAUGCAGUGUCUUUCAGUAGAGAGAAAGACACUAAUGCAUUACCAAACAUCUUGUUUAUUAUAUGUAUAAUGCAAUACCAAUAAAUCUUAAAGGGCAUGCGGAAGUCUAACAUAUCUAGGUUUCUGUCCAUACAUUGUUCCAACAGGUAUCUGAAAAUUAUCUCGUAGAGAUAACUGCUGAGAAAACCAAAGAUUGAAUUUAAAAAGGCAUGCAGAAGAAUUGGUGAUACAGAUAGUGCACUAAUUAGGUUUACAAUAUGACGGAUACACGUAGAAGAGUAAAACUAUAUGCUCUUAAUGCAGAUAGGCAAUGGGAUGAUCGUGGUACAGGUCAUGUUUCCUCUUCUUAUGUAGAGAGAUUAAAGGGGAUUUCCCUGUUGGUAAGAGCGGAAAGCGAUGGAUCUCUUCUACUUGAGAGUAAAAUACAACCUGAUACAGCAUAUCAGAAACAACAGGAUACUUUGAUAGUAUGGUCUGAAGGAGAUAAUUUCGACUUAGCCUUAAGUUUUCAAGAAAAAGCUGGCUGUGACGAAAUAUGGGAGAAGAUUUGUCAGGUUCAAGGCAAAGAUCCAUCUGUAGAAAUUACACAAGACAUUGUGGAAGAAUCUGAAGAUGAGCGGUUUGAUGAUAUGUCAGAUGCAGCACCGCCUAUCGAAUUACCUCCCUGUGAACUUAGUCGAUUGGAAGAUAUUAACGAGCUCAUAGAAAAUUGUUUAACGUCCCCAAUGAGAAAAGAGAAAUUAGCAGUGGCACUAGAAUCCGAAGGUUACAUUAAGAAAUUGCUAAGUCUUUUUCAUACAUGCGAGGAUUUAGAAAAUAUUGAGGGUUUACAUCAUCUUUACGAUAUAUUCAAAAAUAUUUUUUUACUCAAUAAAAAUGCAUUGUUUGAAGUUAUGUUCAGCGAUGAUACAAUUUUCGAUGUUGUUGGCUGCCUGGAGUACGAGCCAACGUUAUCUCAGCCAAAGAAGCAUAGAGACUAUCUUAAAGAGUUAGCCAGAUUUAAACAAGCAAUUCCUAUUACAAAUACCGAACUAUUAGCUAAAAUCCAUCAAACAUACAGAGUUCAAUACAUUCAAGACGUAGUGCUGCCAACUCCGAGUGUAUUUGAGGACAACAUGUUGAGUACAUUGAGUAGUUUUAUAUUCUUCAAUAAAGUUGAAAUAGUAACUUUGAUACAGGAUGAUGAAAAAUUUCUUACUGAACUUUUUCGUCAGUUAACGGACGAAGCGACUUUAGAUAGCAAAAGACGCGAUUUAGUCCUUUUUUUAAAAGAAUUUUGCAACUUUUCGCAAAAUCUUCAGCCACAAGGAAAAGAAGCGUUUUAUAAAACAUUAACAGCACUUGGUAUACUCCCUGCUUUAGAAAUUACUUUGGCAAUGAAUGAUGCACAAACAAAAACAGCUAGUAUAGAUAUUUUGACUUAUAUCGUGGAAUACUCUCCAAGUGUUGUACGAGAUUAUACAUUACAACAGAUAAACAACACGGAACAGGACCAAAUGUUAGUGAAUGUAAUAGUUGCUCAACUUGUUGGAGAUAGUGAUCCUGAGUUGGGUGGAGCGGUGCAGUUGGCUGGUGUACUACGUUUACUUUUGGACCCAGAAAAUAUGUUGGCUUCUGUUAAUAAAUCAGAAAAGACUGAUUUCUUAAAUUAUUUCUACAAGAAUAGUAUCGGUACUCUAAUAGCCCCUCUUCUGGCAAAUACAAUUGGAGAACGACCUGCGAGAGAGGAUUACAGAACAGUACAACUUUUGGGAUUAAUCUUGGAAUUGUUAUCAUUCUGUGUGGAGCACCAUACGUAUCACAUCAAAAAUUGCAUAUUGAAUAAAGAUUUACUUAGAAGAAUAUUGGUUUUAAUGAAAUCAACACACACAUUUCUAGUACUAUGUGCAUUAAGGUUUAUGAGAAAGAUUAUAGCAUUAAAGGAUGAGUUUUAUAAUAGGUAUAUAAUUAAGGGCAAUUUAUUUGCACCUGUAUUUGAUGCAUUUGUAAGAAACAAUGGCAGAUACAAUCUCUUAGAUUCGGCUAUAUUGGAAAUGUUUGAAUUUAUCAAAUUGGAGGAUAUUAAAUCACUAUGUUCACAUGUUGUUGAAAACUUCUCAAAGGAAUUGGAAACAAUUGAUUAUGUACAAACAUUUAAAGCAUUAAAAUUAAGGUAUGAACAACAUCAAGACAAGUUGAAAGAUCGUGAUAGAGCUACAAUUGACAGUGUCCCAUCAAUCUUACGAAACAGUCGAUAUCGAAGGGACCAGAGACAGCUAGACGAGGAAGAGGAACUAUGGUUUAAUGAAGAAGAAGAAUUUGACGAAGAUUCUAAAAGUCAUCAGCAACAACAGCAACAGCAGUCUGUAUUAAAUAACAAUACUGCUAAUAAUAAUAUUACCUCACAACAACCACAGAUCAAUAACAGCUCAUCAACAACGAAUGAAUCGCCAAUUGCUUCGGAAAUAAAUCCUUCUCCAGCUAUUGGUACUGUGGAAAAAACGGGAACGGCACUGUUUAAAAAGGGAUUAGUCGAUUAUGAAGGAGAUUCGGAUGAGGAGGACGAAGAUUCAGAAUUAAGUCCUUCCCCAAAACGACAACGAUUGUCAUAGUAGGCAAACUUGAAAACAACAAAAACAUUUGUGAUUUUUAAUUGCUAUUAUUAUUUCAUGCCCCUUCUAUAUGUAAAAAAAGAUUUAUUCUCUCGUUAUCGGAAGAGACAUAGAUUGAGCUUAUUGCUAAGGAAUGGAUACAACAAUAAGAGUGCUUUUAAAAAAAAUGUAUGGUGGGCACCCAUAGGUCUGUCUGUGACACGUGUAUAGUAUGUGAAACUUAAAUAUGGUGUGAUUGAAAACUAAGUAAGCUAUGUCGACAGAGUGUAUCGAUAAAACAAAGGAAGCAUAAACUUUCUUUAAUGAAACGAACAGUGUAGUAUUGUGGCAUAAUACGAUGUAGCAUGAUUUAUUGUAUAAUGCGUUAAAAAAAGUAAGAGAUACUAAAUGAAUCACAUAGAGAGAGUCCAUUCCACUUGUCUGGAAACAUUUUGUGCAUUAGGAAAGAUAAUCUCACGGAUAUUAUGAAUAGUCUAAGAAGAUUGGCCAAAAUUAGCCAAGUUUAGUGACUUACAGAUACAGGAGAAUGAAACGUGUGCUUAGUAAGUACAUUGAUAAACUGGAAUAUGUCACAGUUAAACUGAAAUGCGUCACAGUUGAGCUGUGACUAAACUGUAAUCACAGUGUAUCAUAGUUAUCUCGUAAGUCUGCCAAGAAGAAACUUACAAUAUGUUGUAAGACCGAAUUCGGAGAAGACAAAGAGUACAUGAUGUACCGCACAAAAAUAACCGAACGUUUCGUUUUGCCAUUCGUAAGUUUCUUAUCGCCCGCUGGGCGAGAGAG